GUGGGCCGUCUCGCCGCGCGUCCUCCGAAACGGCGUGUCUGUGUCAGAGUCAACCAGUGGGGGAACAGAUGAGCUCCACUCUGCAAAACUUCUGGAGCGACUUGAAAACCAUCUCUCAACGCAUUUAAAAGUGGACUCAAAAAGAAAGACAGAAAACCACCCGAAAGAAAAGAAAAAACCAAAAAAACAAACCCCCCCCUCAGAUCAGCUUGACGAUGAACACCUGCGCCUUUUUGUUGAUUCUCACCGUGCAGAUCUCCGCCGAUGGGAUCGAGGGGCCAACAGCUGCUGGAUGCACAUUUGAAGAGGAUUCCGAUCCCAGUCUGUGUGACUUCGCACAGAGCGAAGAAGAUGACUUUGAUUGGCAGUUGUUCCGGGCGCACAAUUCUCCGUACGCCGGUUCGGACCUCUUGCGCGGUUCCUACAUGUUGGUCAACUCCUCGCAGCACGUAGCGGGCCAUUGCGCUCAGCUGCUGCUGCAGAGUCUGAGUGAGAACGACACACACUGCGUCCAGUUCAGCUACUUCCUGUACAGCCGCGAUGGCCACAGUCCAGGGAGCCUAAAGGCAUAUGUGCGUGUCAAUGGCGGUCCGUUGGGCAACCCGGUGUGGAACACGUCGGGAUCCCACGGGAAACAGUGGCAUCAGAUGGAGCUGGCUGUCAGCACCUUCUGGCCAAAUGAAUAUCAGGUUCUGAUUGAGGCUACGGUUUCCACGGAGCGACAAGGGUACAUUGCGAUCGAUGACAUCAUGGUGCUCAACUAUCCUUGCUAUAAGGCACCGCAUUUCUCCAGGCUUGGGGAGGAGGAGGUGAACGCUGCACAAAAUGCAACUUUCCAGUGUGUGGCUGCUGGAAAGGCUUCCGAGGCUGACAAAUUUCUUCUGGAGAGACACAACGGGGAGAUUAUAACCAGUGCGACGGUCAAGCACCUAAGUCACCGGCGUUUUGUGGUAUCGUUCCAGUUAGACAGCGUCCAGAGGUCAGAUCAAGACCUUUACCGCUGCAUCACGCAGUCCCCCAAGGGAUCGGGGGUUUCGAACUUUGCAGAACUCAUCGUAAAAGUACCACCUUCCCCUAUCGCGCCACCUCAGCUGCUGCGUGCUGGCUCCACUUACCUAAUCGUCCAGCUCAACACCAAUUCCAUCCUUGGAGAUGGGCCCAUUAUUCGGAAAGAGAUUGAGUAUCGCGCCAGCCAGUCUCCAUGGUCCGAGGUGCACGGAGUGAACAUGGUGACCUACAAGCUGUGGCACCUGGAUCCCGACACCGAAUACCACAUCAGUGUGCUGUUGACUCGGCCGGGAGAAGGCGGCACAGGCCCACCCGGACCUCCGCUAGUCAGCAGGACCAAGUGCGCUGAGCCCAUGCGUGCACUACGAGGCCUGACAGCCACAGACAUCCAACCCAGGCAGUUGUCCCUGCUGUGGGAGAACUUAGCCUUCAACGUGACACGUUGCCACACCUACUCAGUGUCCCUUUGCUACCGCUACACAACAGCGGGAGGCGGCGGCGGCCACAACACCACCGUGCGUGAAUGCCUAGCCGUGGAGCACAACGCCUCACGCUUCACGCUGCGUGAUCUGCCGCCCUACCACGGCAUCCAUGUCCGUCUGUCACUGGCCAACCCGGAGGGCAAGAAAGAGGGCAGAGAGGUCACCUUCCAGACUGAGGAAGACAUCCCAGGAGGCAUAGCACCAGAGUCGCUGACCUUCACUCCAUUAGAUGACAUGAUCUUCCUGAAGUGGGAGGAGCCACUUGAGCCCAAUGGCCUUAUUACCCAGUAUGAGAUUAGUUACCAGAGCAUCGAGUCGUCUGAUCCCGGCAUCAACGUCCCAGGACCAAGAAGAACCGUCUCCAAGCUAAAGAACGAGACCUAUCACAUGUUCUCCAAUCUUCACCCAGGAACCACCUACUUGAUCUCUGUGCGAGCUCGUACGGGGAAGGGCUUUGGCCAGACAGCCCUGACGGAAAUCACCACAAACAUCUCGGCGCCGACAUUCGAUUACGGAGACAUUCCAUCCCCCUUGAGUGAAACCGAGAACACAAUAACUGUCGUUCUGCGCCCUGCCCAAGGAAGGGGCGCACCUGUCAGCACAUACCAGGUGGUGGUCGAGGAAGAGACUGUGAAGAAAGUGAAGAGGGAGCUGGGGCUUCAAGAGUGUUUCCCUCUGCCGAUGUCCCACGGUGAGGCCUUGGCCCGGGGCACCCCGCACUACUACACCGCUGAGCUACCACCCAGCAGCUUGCCAGAGGCCAGUCCCUUCACUGUGGGGGACAAUCAUACUUACAACGGAUACUGGAAUACGCCUUUGGACCCACGCAAAAGCUACCUUGUCUACUUCCAGGCUAUGAGCAACUUCAGAGGGGAAUCAAGAAUAAACUGCAUCCGCAUUGCUCGCAAAGCCGCCUGCAAAGACCAUCGCAAGGCUUUGGAGGUGUCCCAGAGCUCGGAGGAGAUGGGGCUGAUUCUGGGAGUGUGUGUCGGCGGCCUGGUGGUGCUCAUUCUUCUGCUGGGUGCUGUCAUCAUUAUCAUUAAGAAAGGAAGGAACUACUACUCUUAUUAUCCGAAACCUGUGAACAUGAACAAGACGCCGAUUACUUAUCGCCAGGAGAAGAGCCACAUGGGCUCCAUGGAGCGAAGUUUCACCGACCAGAGCACUUUGCAGGAAGAUGAGAGGAUGGCUCUUUCCUUCAUGGAUGCGCACACUUGUGGAACCCGAAGCGAUCCUCGCAGUUCGGUGAACGAGGCCAGUAGUCUGCUGGGAGGCUCCCCGAGGCACCCGUGCGGACGCAAAGGUUCCCCCUAUCACACGGGGCAGCUCCACCCGGCCGUCCGUGUGGCCGACUUGCUCCAGCACAUCAACCAGAUGAAGACGGCCGAGGGCUACGGUUUUAAACAGGAAUAUGAGAGCUUCUUUGAUGGCUGGGACUGCACAAAGAAGAAAGACAAAACCAAAGGGAGGCAUGACACCUUACUGGGAUAUGAUCGCCACAGAGUCAAACUCAACCCUCUCUUGGGAGACCCCAAUUCCGACUAUAUCAACGCCAACUACAUUGAUAUUCGGAUUAACAGGGAAGGCUACCAUCGAUCCAACCACUUCAUCGCAUCUCAGGGACCCAAACAGGAGACACUCUAUGAUUUCUGGAGGAUGGUGUGGCAGGAGAAUUGUUUCAGCAUCGUCAUGAUCACUAAACUAGUGGAAGUCGGCCGGGUGAAAUGCUGUAAAUACUGGCCGGAUGACAGCGAGAUGUACGGCGACAUCAAAAUCACUCUGCUUAAAACGGAGACGCUUGCCGAAUACACAGUCCGCACUUUUGCCUUGGAGAGGAGAGGAUACUCAACCAAGCAUGAGGUCCGUCAGUUUCACUUCACAUCCUGGCCCGAGCAUGGGGUGCCCUAUCACGCCACUGGUUUGCUCGCCUUUAUACGAAGGGUGAAAGCUUCGACGCCCCCCGACGCCGGUCCUGUCGUCGUCCAUUGCAGUGUGGGGGCGGGCCGCACGGGUUGCUACAUUGUACUGGAUGUCAUGUUGGACAUGGCUGAGUGUGAAGGUGUGGUGGACAUCUACAACUGCGUCAAAACUCUCUGCUCACGACGCAUCAACAUGAUCCAGACAGAGGAACAGUAUAUAUUCAUCCAUGAUGCCAUUUUGGAAGCUUGCUUGUGCGGCGAGACGGCCAUCUUGGUCAACGAGUUCGCGGUUGCCUACAGAGAGUUACUGAGGGUGGAUUCCCAGAGUAAUUCCUCACAGCUCCGGGAGGAAUUUCAGACACUAAACUCUGUGACUCCACACUUGGAUGUGGAGGAGUGCAGCAUCGCCCUGUUGCCCCGAAACCGAGAAAAGAACCGCAGCAUGGACGUUCUGCCACCCGAUCGCGCUCUGGCCUUCCUGGUGACGACGGAAGGGGAGAGCAACAAUUACAUCAACGCCGCUCUGGCCGACAGCUUCCACCAGCAAGCUGCCUUUAUCGUGACCCCGCACCCUUUGCCCGGCACCACGGCCGACUUCUGGAGGCUGGUCUUCGACUACGGUUGCACGGCCGUGGUCAUGCUCAACCAACUGAAUCAGUCCAACUCAGCCUGGCCAUGUGUCCAGUACUGGCCCGAACCUGGUCUACAGCAAUAUGGACCCAUGGAGGUGGAGUUUCUCUCCAUGUCAGCCGAUGAAGAUGUCAUUACUCGCCUCUUUCGGGUCAAGAACGUCACAAGGCUGCAAGAGGGCCAGCUGGUGGUGUGUCAGUUCCAAUUCCUUCGCUGGUCGCCAUAUCGGGACGUUCCCGACUCUAAGAAGGCGUUCCUCAACCUGCUGGCUCAAGUCCACAAGUGGCAAAGAGAGUGUGGAGAAGGCCGCACCGUGGUCCACUGCCUUAAUGGUGGCGGUCGCAGCGGGUCUUUCUGUGCCUGCAACAUUCUCCUGGAGAUGAUCCAGUACCAGAACAUGGUGGACAUCUUCUACGCCGUCAAGACACUACGCAACUGUAAACCCAACAUGGUGGAAUCGCUGGACCAGUAUCGAUUCUGCUAUGACCUCAUUCUGGAGUACUUGGACUGCUUUGAAGGGAGAUAGCAACUACAUGCAGAACAAAUAUCCCGCAUGUUUGAUUUAAGGUCGCCCGGAGGCGCUUCUACGUCACUGCUUGAACCUGCUAUUGAAAGAACUGAAUGACAAAAAAAAAAAAAUGUGGUUCAAAAUUUUAACCUUUAAUGUACAGCUGUGAUUUUUCUUCUUGUGGUGACGUUUUAUCUUUUUUAAGAAAAAAAAAUUGCGCUUUCGCCGCUGUACUGAAGCUCUGUUGUGCCAAGGCUUUCUGUAGCCCCAAAAAAAAAGAAGAAGAAAAAAAAAUCUAUUAUGAAUGACAAAAUUGACCCGUGUUGUUGUGAAGUUGGGUCACCUUGGCCGUGGUUCAUUGUUUGGGUUACAACAGCGUUAUCUCUACAUGGACAUUUUUGUUUUCCCCUCCAAGAGCAGUUCAUUGUGCUUUUGGCAUGAAUUAACUAGCAUACCAUAAACGGCCUUAUUCUCUGACAAUAACACACGAUAAGUUUCCACAAACCGGCCAAAAGAUUUUCCAGUCUUCUAUUUUUUUUCCGUCGUGUGUUGGCCACACAGUUGAUCUUUUCCUUGGACUAUUUACUGUUGCAGUGCCAAACCCUACGACUGACUUGAACAUUCUUCUUAUUUUCUUUUUUCUGCUUUAUCUUGAUAGAUAAUCAUUCAGUAUGUACUUCACUCUGUGAUUGUAUCUCGCAACCAUUUGGAAAGAAAGAGGAGUAUAAAAAGUGCUUUCGCUAACUGUAGCAGUUGGAUGAAAUUAUGUACGCUAGCAUUUAUGAGGCUUCUGGAUUGAGUUGAAUUAUGGCAUUAAGAGUUACCGUUCAUUCUCGCUUAAAAUGACUCUCGAGUUUCCUCGAAUCGCUAAGAUCGACGCCGACAUUUUGCAUCCUUAGCGUUGUCACCGUACGUAUUGCAACAACUUGAAAAGUUGCUGUAGUGCUUCACAACUAUAUAUAUAUUUUUUUUUUAUUCAGUGCUAAAAUGAAAAACAGAUUGAUGACAGCGUAGUAAAACUGUUUUGAGAAAUGCUAACACUGCAGAAGUAUGUUAUUGAUCAUUUAUAAGCAAUGUAAAAUAUCCAAAAGAAUAACAUUUAUACAAAAAAAUACAGCCAAUUUUGUGGUCACCAGAUAAAAUAAAAAUUGGAACAACACAUUUAGGCCUCUCGCAUUCCUAGUAAUCUUAUACAAUUGUCGAUAGCGCAGUGGAAAAGUCACUGUACAUGUCUGAAAUAUAUUUUUAACAAACAUAAAUGCACCACGAGGGAAUUAUUUUCCAUUUUCCUGGUAUUUUUCUCCAAAGGCAGGAAAAUGUUAUCUGUGAGCAGCCAUUAUCAUCCAUCAUCAGCCUUUAAAAUGCUCUAGCUAGCAUAUCUCCCCAAACAGUAUAAAGAGCAGCUUUUUCCCGGACAUGCCCUAAUAGACCCCUGAAAGCCACAGAAAGCUGACAAAUGGAAGCCAGGUGGACAUUUUGCAGCUGCACUUAAGAAAAAUAAUGUGCGCUCGGAAUGAUUACGAAAGGGGAAUGAGGUAGCUACUGUUUAGCCAGUGAUCAAAACAAUCACUGGAUUAAAGCAGCAAGUGCCUGAAUAUUUUUUUUGUGGCGGCGGAUGGACGGAAUGUGUAUAUACAAAUACUGUACAUUGUGAAUACUUUGUGAAUAGUAAACUAUGUCUGCCCAAUUGUGACUACUCCAUAACCAUCAAAUUGAAUGUCUUGUAAAUGACAUUUUUCGUCGUUAAUUUGCGCUAUUAACAACCACGUCUGUUUGAGUGCAGCAUGUUGGACUCAUUUUCCUAAAAUGAUGCCCAAACACCCCCCGCUGUGCUUUUCAGCAGCUCCUCCCACCAUGUGAGUGAAAUGUACUUUUUGUCAUUCCAAAGCUUUUAAUAAUGACUGCGCUCCGACUGCCAUGUUGGUUCCGUUGACUUCACUUGUUUUCUUGUAGGAACCAAUGAUACAUGACUACUGUGUUUCUGAGCGUUGUGUUUGUGAAGAAAAGUGUGUAUUUACAUAGAGGUAUGGAGAAGGAAGUUUAACAAUAAAAGAACAAGAUGGCGGAA